AUAAGGAGAAAGAAAUGUACAUUUCAAUUGGAAGAAGCUCCCAUAUACUGGUAAGCUCUUGUUCUUCAUCUUUUCUUGCAAAAUACAGCAUAUGUAACAGUACAUUAAGAACAGCAUAUGGUACAACUCCCAUAUAUUCUCCGGGUAGAUGGGGCAGGGGUGCCCGACACUUGAGAACUGCCAUUCAAGCUCAGCAGCGACCCACAUGGCUUCCUGGGCUUGACCCUCCACCCUAUCUUGAUGGAACUCUUGCUGGAGAUUUCGGGUUUGACCCUCUUGGACUUGGAGAGGAUCCUGAGAGCUUGAAGUGGUAUGUGCAGGCAGAACUGGUUCAUGCUCGCUUUGCUAUGGCUGGAGUCGCUGGAAUUCUUUUCACUGAUUUGCUUCGUGUUACAGGGUUAAGCAACCUACCAGUGUGGUACGAAGCAGGUGCCACCAAGUUUGAUUUUGCCAGUACUAGAACUCUGUUCAUUGUUCAACUACUUUUGAUGGGGUUUGCUGAGACCAAAAGGUACAUGGAUUUCACUAAUCCAGGGUCUCAAGCCAAAGAAGGGUCGUUUUUCGGUUUGGAAGCUGCCCUAGAAGGUUUAGAACCUGGAUAUCCUGGUGGGCCUUUGCUAAAUCCUCUUGGUCUUGCUAAGGACAUAAGAAAUGCUGAUGAGUGGAAGCUGAAGGAGAUAAAAAAUGGGCGGCUUGCAAUGGUGGCGAUGGUUGGGAUGUUCGUGCAGGCUAACGUGACUCAUGUGGGGCCUAUCGACAACCUUAUUAGGCACUUAUCGAACCCGUGGCAUGAAACUAUCAUCCAAACCCUUGCUGGGUCUGGUUCUUGAUUUCUUGUGGCCAAUUCUGAAUGAAGCACGACUGUUGUCACUAUGGCAAUAGAAGGAAAUGGAAAGGGAGAUUCUUGUUGCUGAAGUAAAUGAUGUGUGUGUGUUUGCUUGACUUCGUUUGAUUACAAGACAUAAUGGACUAAAAAAUUAUAUUAUUUUUGGGUCCAAUCAAAUUCUUGUAUCUCUUGGUUUGUGGUGUUAUUAUUUGAUUAUAUAAAACAUUCAAUUAAAUAA